GCUCGACAAAGACGAGAGCACCGCGCCGCGGACGGCAAGCUUUCGGCUGCCCGGACCAGCUUGAGAGCGACUAGGCAGCCCGGACCGACCGUGCAGGCAGUGCGACCGCGAGACGCCGGCGGCGCGAAGAGGCAGGACCAUGGCAGCACCCUCUCGAGAAAGCACGGGCCGCCUCGUCACGGACUCGACCUUCACGCUGCCCUACGCCUACCCCUCGAGUGCAGACUACUCGAUCGAGAGCCAGUUCGACGACGUGCCGGGCCCGUACCGCCGACAGCGAGGCACGCGGGCCGCAACAACUUUUGGCAAUUCUACGAGGGAGGACUACGCGUCCUACCUAAGAAGCAUCGGCGGCGGCGGCGCGCGAUGUUCCUUCGACCCCGGCCACCCGAGCUGGUGCGGCGUGAACCCCGGACCGGAACGGUACGAAGAUGGGCGGGGCUUCCCCGUGGCCCGCCCGUCUUUCAUGGACAAGAAGCCGCCGCGCGAUUCCAAAACUCUACAGAAGACGCUGAGGGCCCUCGGCGAGAAGUGCUGGCCCAACGCGACUGUUGGUUCUGUGGUAGUAGAACUGUCCUCGAAGGAACCCACUUAUGCUCUGCCGAAGAAAGCGGAACGGCAGACCUCAAGCAAGUCAGGAUGGGCCCGCGAUCGUUCUAUACGAUUCCGCAAAGAUCAAGAAGAUCGGUUAUUUGGCAAGUACGAUCAUCCCGCAAAGUUCGCGGUGCGGACGAACCUGACGGGCGCGAACGCGACGAUCGGUUGUAAAAUAGGCAAGGGCAAGCGUGUCUCAUUCUUGAAGGAUGCUGUUGCAUCCCACGACCACUUCCAGGAUUCUGAGAGGGCGACGGUCGCCAGGGAUUGCGAGAGGUGGAGGGCAGGUACACCAGGUGCCAAACAAAGGCCGGCCUUCGGCAACGCUAUUCCCAGAGACUGUCUCCCGAAGCAGGGCGUACCUAGAAAAACCCCGAGACCGGUCUUCGAGAACAAGGCCCUUCAUAAAUUACUGACGGAGAAUAAACCUCUGAGGAGGAGGAAGGACGGGUCCGUACCUGCCGAGAGAGACCUCGAUAAUGACUAUGAAGAUGAUUUCGAACGGAGGUGGUGGCCGCGGCAAACGAAGCAUUGGCCACCUGUCAAAAAACGGCCCGUCGGCCGGAAGACGAAAAUACGGCAGCGCCAAUUUGGAAGACAAGAAAGACCCGCUCUUCAUGAAGCGAUGAAGGUCGCGGGACGGCUCAAGGGCGCGAGCGGCUGCCCGGGCGAGUACUCUCCGAAAUGCCCGAACCGGCCGUCGACCGUCGACGAGUCGAUGCGGACGUUCAACGUUCACUUGCGACCGGCGACGUCGCCCCCGAAGCUCCGGUCGCCGGUCGAGGUGCCGGACAAUAUGCCGCGGAGCAUCCGCAAACUACCGAAACCUCCUGACUGGAAGGUCUGGCAGUCGCCGGUAGCGAAGCGCCUGUCAUCUUCGAGGAAUGAACGAAGGCGGCUGCGCACCGCCGCUUCCAUGAAACGUGCCGAGGCCGAGGCCGCGCGGCGGCCGUCGACGUCGGCCGCGGUCUACCGCAUCCGGUCGCCGCUCUCGUCUAGGGGUUCCCUCGCGUCGAAGCCGCCGGCCCCGGCGCCUCAGCCGGAGCCCGCCGCCUCGUCUCCUCCGGAGCCCGCCGCCUCGUCCGAGGGCGACGAGUACUCCGACGACGCCGAGGAGGAGGAGGAGUUGUACUCCGAGGACGAGGGUUGAUAAGCACAAG